CUUACUGGAAGUGCAGGUGAGAGAGGAGAGGAGGGAAGAAGAAAGGGGGCGCUUCCAGCAUGUCGCCUCCUGUUGCUGCCCCUCACUGUGGGUGCUGCUGUCGACCUUUCAGCCUGCUCACAUGAGCACAGGCAGCCUCUACUUCUUACGCCGUGACUCGCCAUGAGUUGGCCGGAGGGUGGUGGAACUGGAGCGGCCUGACCAAUGCUUUGAGAGUGGACGGGGAAAACCAAAGUGGGAGGGUUUUAUGGGUUUUUUCCACGCUGUUCAGCAACUUAUUGCAGGAGGUGGUAGUCGUAUAGUAGAUGGUGGUGGUUUGUUCCGUGACAGGGGCUGUCCAAGUGGGAUAGAAGUCAAGACAGGGCGCAACAGAUGUUUAUGUAGCGGAUAUGCGGGCGGUGGAGGAAUGAGAGCAGCAGCGAGGCACCGGCGGCCCUUCCAGCGGUUCUGCUGCUGCGGAGUCGGGCUGCUCGCCGUCUUAUGGCUAUCUCAGGUCAUCUACACACCAGAGACUUCUGGGUCUCGGCCUAGCGUGGAUGGAGGCACACUGCGAUGGACGCGCACGCUCAUGCAAAUAUCUGACAACCAGAGUGUGGAUCAGCACCGAGCUGCUAUCCAUGAGUUCCCAGAGGACAUCUUCACCAAGGAGCAGAGGAAGAAUGGAGCAGUUUUACUGCAUGUACUCUGUGCCAUCUACAUGUUCUACGCUCUGGCCAUCGUCUGUGAUGACUACUUUGUCCCUUCCCUUGAGAAAAUAUCUGAGAAUCUACACCUGAGUGAGGAUGUUGCCGGGGCAACCUUCAUGGCAGCGGGAAGCUCCGCUCCAGAGCUCUUCACCUCUCUCAUCGGGGUCUUCAUCACUAAAGGGGACGUCGGGGUGGGUACGAUCGUCGGCUCGGCCGUCUUCAACAUCCUGGUCAUCAUCGGCCUGAGCGGCAUCUUUGCAGGCCAGACCGUGACGCUCACAUGGUGGUCCUUAUUUCGAGACUCCUCCUACUACAUCCUGUCCGUGCUGACCCUCAUCGUGGUUAUUUAUGAUGCUGUGGUCGUUUGGUGGGAAUCUCUGCUCCUCAUGAGCAUGUAUGCCAUCUACAUUAUCAUCAUGAAGUUCAACGCUCAGAUUAUGAUCGUAGUGACACGUCAGUUCCGGAGCGCUUGGCCGUGUUGCGUUGCAUCAGCGGACGGCAGAGACGACAAGAUGGCAGAAGAUGCCUCGGCCUGCCACACCUCCUUGGUGCUCCUCAACAAAGCUCAAGCUCACAAUCAGGAGACGACUCCCGUCAUCAUGGUAGACGAACUUCUCAUCGUCAGCCCCCACAAACUCUCCUUCUCUGAGGCCGGCCUGCGCAUCAUGAUCACCCCCCACUUCUCACCUCGCACCAGGCUCUCCAUGGCUGGACGCGUGCUCAUCAGCGAGAGACAGAGGCUGAUCCGGAGCUCCAAGAACCCACGGGGCAGUGGGUCUGGUGUCGGAUCCGGACGGGGAUCUACCACCAACAGUCUGAAGCGGACGGGCUCCUGCAGUCUGGAAAACGGAGGCAGGACAGGAGACACGGAAUCCCAAGCCAAGCCAGGGAUGGAGGAAGACGACGAUUGGAUCUUUCACCCCUUGCACAUCCCAGCUGGCUGCUCUGCACGGGUCAAGUGGGUCAUCACGUGGCCUCUGGGCCUCCUGCUCUACUGCACUGUGCCCAACUGUGUUCUACCACGCUGGCACCGCUGGUUCAUGGUCACCUUUGUGGCCUCCACAUUGUGGAUUGCUGUCUUCUCCUACCUCAUGGUGUGGAUGGUCACCAUUGUGAGCUUCACCUUAGACAUCCCAGACUACAUCAUGGGUAUCACCUUCCUGGCUGCAGGGACCAGCGUCCCCGACUGCAUGGCCAGCCUGAUAGUUGCCCGACAAGGCAUGGGGGACAUGGCCGUGUCUAACUCCAUAGGCAGCAAUAUCUUUGACAUCCUGCUGGGUUUGGGUUUCCCCUGGGCUUUGCGCACACUUGUGGUGGAUCAUGGAUCAUCAGUGUCCAUCAAUAACAAAGGACUGGUGUAUUCAGUCAUCCUGCUGCUGGCUUCUGUGUUCCUCACAGUGACGAGCGUUCAUCUAAAUCGCUGGAGGCUGGAUCGCCGCUUGGGACUUGGCCUGUUGUUCCUCUACUCCAUCUUCCUGCUCUGCUCCAUCCUCUUUGGCCAGAUGUGAGGCCUCGCCUAAGGUCAAACCUUACCUUUUCUACCUACUGCCGCUCCUCUUUGCUGAAGCCAAAAAAGGGUGACACGGCGUUUGCUUUCUUAGCCAUGUGUAGGUUCUCUCACAGUGAUGCACUUUGUUAGUUUGGUUCUUACAGUAUUUGAUGACAAUGUAUGACAUGAAGGAGUAAUCUAGUUCAGAAUGUUGUACAUGUUCGCCCUGGGUAAUUAUUUAAAAAACAACAACAAAAAAACACCAGCUAUUGGUUCAAUGUUGUUCCUAACAGUACUUUAUUCUGCUGUACCACAUUUAGCAUAUUGUCUGUUUGCGUUUACCCUUGUCUAUGUGUGAGUGUAAUAUUUACAGUUACAAAUGUAGCAGUCGAUAGAAUGACAGCCUCCAAGCGGUCUGUCUGAGGCUCUGAUGUCCUACAAUAAAAAGGGACACUUUGAACGUGUCGGCAUUUUUAGCCUAGAAACAUUUAUAUGAUGAAAUGCACGAUUAGCCUCACCACUCGUAUUUGUACAGCUUUGUGUACGUGACCUAAGCGUUAUGAUGAUAUAGAAUGGUACAAUUGUCUCAAACUUUGAUGAGUUUAGGUUUGGUUUCAUUUUCACUCAUUGAUAAGACAGUGGAUGUUUUCUUUUAUGAUUUCACUUUGGUGGAACAUUUUAAUGAAGCACAAACCUUCACUGGUAUUUAUUAUACAUGUGAGCAGUAAUGCUGCACACUGCUGCUCCUUUCCUGAUACAAAAACACAUUUUAAGAAUACAUAGCAUAGCAUAGUUUGCUAUGAGGAAAAUAAGAUGCCAGAUUUUGGUACUGAUAUGAAAUGUUCCACCAAAGGCAAAGUGGUCGUAUAAUCACUACUCGUCUGCUUGGACCAGACUUUCGACUUUUUAUAAAUGUUCAAUGAUCGAUUAUAGAUUUACAAUUCUGAAGCGCUGACUUAGUAGUUUUGUGGUGUUUUUAACAUUUAAACUAGAUCAUGUGAAUAAUUGUUUUGCAUACUUUUCAGCGUGUAGAGGAGUAUCUUUUGGAUGUUUUACACACUCGUGAUGAUUUUGUGAACGGGAACACAAUUAGCAAAGAAACACGAUGCAUUCAAAUGAAUCGCUGCAGACAGAAUGUUUCUUUAGCUUAACAGCCUCAUUUCUAUGUUCCGUGGUAAACAUGUUUAUUAUUGCAAUGUGAUGCUGGGAUACAGUAUAUUUUACAGUUCACAUUAGGCAUCAGAUUAUAGACUGUUAUAUCUUGAGUGCAAUAAAUUUGUUGAAGAAC